AUGGAGCAGAAGCACGAUGUUGUGGCUUGCUAUCAGAGAUGGUCACGAAGACCUCUUCUAGGAUCUGUUGGAUGCGGGAGCAGAUCCGACCUUGUAUGGUGGGAGCGAGAUAAUGCCGCCCUUGGUUGCUUUCUGCGUCCACACACCCCAAACACGGAGUUCUUGAAGAAGCUGUUUCUCUACAACUUGAAGGUUGAUGACGAGACUGAUUCUGAGAACACGCCACUUCACUGGAUUCGGGAGAGAACCACGGUCGAGAUGGUCAAGCUCGUCAUUAAGCGCGGGUAUCCCAUGAAUGCCGUGGCCGAGGACGGCAUCACCCCUCUCUCCCAGGCCCUUUGGGUCAAAAGUCUGGAGGUUGCAAGAUACCUGAUUCUUGAGGAAGGUGCUGAUGUCAAUGAGGGAGGCACGGGUCUUCGCGGCUCUUCCCUCCACAUUGCCUGCCGUGAGCCGGGUCUGGGUCUUGAAUGGGUAAAGCUCUUGGUUGAGUAUGGAUCUAGUAUCAACUAA